UGAGCAUCCACUUCGAUCCGUGACUGAUCCUCGUAGAAGCAAAACCGAUUCCACUCAUUGGCGGCCCCCGAAAGCGAGCACGAAUGGAUCAUCCAAUCUAUCACGGGAAGAUCAACCGAGAGGUCGGGGAGAGGUUGCUGUGCAGAAAUGGCAAGGACGGGAGUUACUUGAUCAGAGACAGCGAGUCUCUGCCAGGGGUUUACUGCCUGUGUGUCCUGUACUCUGGAUUAGUUUACACAUAUCGUGUUUUCAAGACUCCUACUGAUUCAUGGACUGUUGAGACUGCACCUGGAGUACAUAAGAGGUUGUUUCGUAAAGUGAAGAACUUAAUUGCUGCAUACCAGAAGGAAAACCAAGGCUUAGCAGUACCUUUACUGUAUCCUGUAUAUAAGCAGAAAGGGGUUGAAACAGAAGAAGAUUAUCUCAUGAUGCAACCAGCUGAAUGAUUUUAUGUUUUUCUUCUAAUUUCUGAAGUGAUGUUAGGAUUGAACUAAUUUUAAGUGCUUUCGAUUGAAAUGGGCUGCAGUAAUCAACCUUUGUCUUCUUUGAUCCUUUGAUGGCCUUUAAACUCUCAAUAUUCUAAAUAUUGCAUUUUGUUUUCUAGAGUACCGGAUGCUUAACUAACAAUUACUGUUCUUGAUGUGUGCUUGAAUCAAAAGUUCAGGCAUAUUUCAGUACUCAAGUUCUCGAUGAAGCAGAAGGCUCUACAUAUUUCAUUUAUUUAUUUAUGGUUUUUUCCAAAUAUGUUAGAGAACGGAUCUCUGCAAUGUUCACAUCGAUCGAAAGGUACUACUGACAUUCAACCAGGAAAAAACAAAAAAAGUUUUUACCACUUGAGUGAUUUACUUUAAAAAAACGUUUUGCUGAGGCUGCAUUACUGCUGCUUAUUAAUAAUAGAAUGUCAGUGAAAAAAAAUGAACAAAUUUCCAUUAUAAAUAUAGAGAGCCUGGUUUUUACAGGAGUUACCCUGUUUUCUCAUAGUCUUGAGAAAUUGGUCCCUUGAGUUUUAAUACUCUUCUUCAGAUGUUAAAGCAGGAGAUUGCACAACUCCUGAAAAGCUCAGGUCUAAUGUUUUACCCAAAACUGAUUUUGUUACUCAAUAACAACUGUGUGUGGACAUGUAAUGUAUGCAAAAAUACAGAUAGCUGAACAACCCUUCCUCCGCUCAACAAUAAAAGCAUAACAGCAUGAUAUUCUGGCUCUUAAUCAGCAGUUCGAGGAUUAUUGUGUAGCCACAUAAUGUUUUGUACAUGAAUGCCACAUCAACCCUUAAUUAUAUGCAGUAGUAAUACACCAUUAUCAAUCUUGUUUCUUAAAUUAAUCCCCCCUAAAUUUGGUUAAGACCUGUCAGUAAGUUGAUAAAAUUAUGUGUAUAAUAGUAAAAGAAAAAGAUAUAGCAAUUGGAUAGAAGUGAAAGGCAGACUUAGGAUAAAAAACAUAUGGUUAGGAAUCAAAAUGUUCUUGUUAUCUACUGAAAGGGACUGCUAUUGAAUCUUUUCUAAAAUUGUUUCUGUGAAACAUGCAAUAUAUUACCUGUUUUUAUUAAAUG